AGUAAAAGAAAAUCCUGGUGAAUUUCGCAUUGACAAUGGAAUUUUAUUUUGUAAUUUUUGUGACCAUUCUGUUGAUUGGAUACAAAAGUCAAUGGUUGAUGACCACCUUAAUAGUAAAACACAUAAAGCUAAGAAAAAUCUGUAUGAAAAUAAACAAUGUCAACUUCAACAAACACUUGUUACCUCUCUUUCUUCUCCUAAAAAACAUUGUAAAGAAGGUGGUGCUAUCCCACAAGCAGCAACAUUAUGA